UUGACAACUGUCAUAAUAUAGAAAAAUAGCCAUGACUUGUUCCGUAUAAAUGAUGAACAGUACUUUUUCUGUAUUUGUUGUUUUUUGAUAUGUUUCAAUUUUAUCCAUUAACCAAAAGUAAUCACAUUUAUAUUAAUAAGUGCUAUAGGAUUAUUAUUACUUUAUAGCGGAAUUAAACAAUUAUAUCACAAAAAUUAUCAUGGCUAAUCCUAUAAUGCUGUUUUUGUUUUGCCUUUGUUAUUUUACUCGGAGUGUUGAAGUUUCGGAUGAAAAUAAAUUGUUUCCUCAUUUACAAUACAUUGAAAAUAGUCAUACUUUACCAGUGCCAGAAGUAUGUACAGAAUUAUUAAAUAAUUUUGCACAGUCAGCAUCAAAUUUCACUUUGUGUUCUAUAAAGAAUGCUUGGCCAGUGACUCUUUGCAAGGAAUGCAUAGAUCAGUAUGUGAUGUUUAAAUCUAAGUAUGAUGAAUUAUUAAAAACAGUUGAAAAUGGCACAUCAUGCAAAACAAUUUAUAUUUCACAUGAUAGGUUAGAUGCAGUACUGGAAUAUUAUAAUGGUAUUUUGAAUGUUUGGGAAAAAGGGAACUGUAAUGCUUGUUAUGAUUGGUCUGGACCAGUACCUGUGCUAUCUAAUGAUACAAAACAUUUUGAUAAAAUGUUCAAAGAAACAAUGAAUUGCAUUGCUACUAAUAGUACUACUACAAAUAUGUCGGAUGAAGUUUGUGAAAGGUGUAUGCAGUCUUAUUUACAAUUAGACUUAUUCUAUAGAUCCCUAAGUAAAGAUUCUAUAGGGUUGGACAGUGUAUGCUUCGAUAUAGUUGACUCUAUGAAUACUACUAGAUCUAUAUGGAGUAAGGACCUCAAUUGUUGCAAACUAAGAAAGACACCCGAAGUAAUAUUUUUAGUUUGCACAGGAAUUAUUUCAUUUCUACCUAUAUUGUUUUAUGUAGCUGUAAGGUUUUGUUCUCCAAUUAGAGCCUUACCAAAUAUUUUAAAAGAGUCAAGAUUCAAACAAUCUUUUUUAAGAUCAAGUAGUGGAAGAAUAAAUUGAUAGAUCUAAGAGUUCAGAAUAAUAAUGUUUAAGACAAAUUAUUGUUUCAUUAUAUAAUUUGUAAAUAUUGAAGAAUUUAUAAACUACAAUAUAUUGCUUAUCUAGUCGAGUGGAUCGAAUGGAAAAAGUGUUUCACUGCAAAGGAAAUUAAAACACUACAUUUUAAUGUGGACUAUAUUCAUUUAAUCACUACAGUUGGUCAGCUACACAUAUGCAGUGAACAAUGAAUAUAUUAAAAGUCUACCAAAGAAUAUAAAAUAAAUACAAUUACAAUAUGAA